AUCUUUCAAUUACAAAUUAAAAAAUAUAUUUAUUGUUUAAUAUUUGUUUGUAUAUAAAUAUCUUUUUUCGACAAGUACUCGUUUUAUGCGUUUCAAAACUUAUCUCUUUUUAACGUAGCGCUGCAACAAAAAUAGUGUGUAUAAUCCUUACAGACUUAUGACAAUGUACCCUGAUCUCAGAAUUUUCGAUUUGCGACAAUCUGAGGACGACGAGGUCGCCAUAAUUUCCGAUAUUACUCCACGAGAGAGUCGCGCCAUAAUCUCCAUAGCGAAAAGAAACCCGCGUACGAUGGGGAGCGCGCGGUGUUCCCUGAAUGGUGCAAUAAAAUUAGGCUACCAUACAUAAUGCGUCCUGAGGCGCGCCACCGACAGACGGGACUCCCAUACCUUCGCAUUAUCCCCGCGGUAAUUCUCGGGUACGCGAAACACAUUAGUCAUUUUCGCAUAGGGUGGAGAACGCGCGGGGAGCAGGAGAAUAAGGAGGAGAAGAAGGAGAAGAAGGAGAAGGAGGAGGAGGAUGAAGAGAAGGUGGAGGAGAAGGAGGAGUAGGGAACUGACUUAUAUUCAUCCACCUAAUCCCCCUCUGAUGAUCAAAGAUCCCCGACUGUUGGCGGCACCGUGGACGCGGGCAACAACGACCGCCACCACUGCAAGUCGCUGCCGCCGCGUGUACAGUUUCUUCUGCCGCUGCCGCACCGCAUCGCGCCGUGGGGUAAUACAGAAACGAUCCGUGCACUUCCGACGAGCGAUUCACGUUUUCCGCGGCGCGGCUACUUGGGAGGCGAGUCGGUUGAAUUAACUUAGCCUAACGCCUCGUUUGCCGCGGCUCCGCGCGCGCCUCUGUGGUUGCGCGCACGUGUGUAUGGGGUAGGUAAGCCUCGAUGCGUCUGAUGCGUUCCGCAUACAUGUGCGCGAUGCAUGCGCCUACGUCGCAAGCGUACGUGUGCACGCGCGCACACACGCACGCAUACACACGCGUGGAAGGCGUUGUUCGUCCCUCGCGGUGGCAGCGGCCGCGCGAGAGAGCCCACUGGACAGAGGUAAUAAAGCAACAAGACAAUGACGGUGAUUUACGCGGUCCUACGGCAAAUGGGCUUACCCGCAGAUUUUUGCGCGGGCAGCACGCGCGUCGGCGCGAGAGAAAGGUGGAGAGACUCCGCGCGCGAUUUAUUAAUCUCGCCCGUGCGACACGCACGCAGAUGCGACUUGGACUCUCAGCUCGGCUCGGCUUGACUAGGUGCGGGACGACGCGGCGAGACCAGGUCUCUCUCUCUCUCUCUCUCUGGGGGAUUAUUUAUUUAAUGUAAAAUACGAUAUACGCGGCGAUAUAUCUAUCGAAGUCCAUGGAACUGGAAAAUGCGAUUAGGAUGUUUUUUACGUAUAAUAUAACAACAAAUAAUUUUUCAACAAUUUCUUUGUCAUAUAUAUUGCGUAAUGCAAAUAAUGCAAAAAUAGGAGUUGAUAUAAGUAAAUAAUUUUUGUUCGUCUUUAAUAAAGAGCAAGAGGGGCCUCUUAAUAUCAAAGAUAAGGCACUUUUAUGUGUUUAUGAGAAAAAUAUUAUACUUUAUCUGCAAUUGAUUUAUAAGAGGUUUUUUUUAAUUACGAGCGUGAUGUGUGAGCAAAUAUUAGAUACAGCAGUCACGGUUGCAAAGAUUGAUAUUUGCAAAGCUACUCAAUAGUCAACCCGAUCGUCUUCAUCCAAUUAUAGCUGUGAAAAACGAUAAUUGUAUAAAACAAAAGUCAAAAAUCAUUUGAAUUGCGGAUACCGCUCAAAAAUAUUUGUCUAUACUUAUUUGUUUUUCUUAAUUCAAUGGUGAGAAUUUUAAAGAAGAGUGAAUUUCAAUCUUCUUUCCUAAUGGUCUGGAUGUUAAUAAUAAUCUUGAUGGUUCAAAAUAUUACAUUAAACAUAUAUACAAAGUGUCCCGAAAUUCGCAAAUAAAAAUACUAUAUCAAAAAUCUCGAAUAAUUAAGUAAAAUAGUUAUUUGCAUGUAUUUUUUCAAACAGUAAUUUUUGAGAUAUUUUAAUCUUAUAUCUCAAAAAUUACUAUUUAAAAUAAUACAAAUAAUUAUUUUACUUAAUUUUGUCGAGAACUUUUUCGCUACAUCAGUAUUUUUAUUCGCGAAUUUUGGGACACUGUACAUGUUUAAUGUAAAUAAGCCGUCUAUAAGAUUAUUAUUAAACAUUUAGGAGAUUAAGAAAAAAGAUUGAAAUUUACUCUUCUUUAAAAUUUUCAUCAUUGAAUUAAAAAAGACAAAGUAGACAAAUACUUUUGAGCGUAUGAUAAAAAAAUUCGACAAUUUAUUUUAUUUCUUUCAUUUGUCAUUAUUACACAAUUGUGAUUAAAAAAUUUUGUUUUAUUAGAAAAAGUCUUCUAGCUAUCUUAUGAUCUGCUUUGUAACGUAACUAGCGAUUACAUUAUUUUUUUUGUGCUUAUGAAAAAAUCAUAGCAGUGUUUAUUUUAUAAGAGAUUAUUGUAGCGGUAAGAAAUUUAAUAAUUGUUAUGCAAUUUAUACUAUAUAUAAUUUUUUAUGUUUAUACAUUAAUUUCUGUUGCAUGGGAUGCUUUGUGUAAAAAUAUACGUGUAUUAAGUAUAAAAUAUAUGUGUAUUUACUUUGUCUAAAAGUGUAACAUUUAUACUUGAUAAGACUAAAACAUGUUUAUAUUAUUUUUAUUGCAGUAUAAUAUAAUGUAUAAUGCAUAAACGAUGAUGCAUAAUUAUGCAUGAAUUUUAUCAAUGAUAUAAUCUGCACGAUUGUACAUUGUAAUGCACGAUUGUACACGAAUUCAACGAUGAUCAUGCCAAAAGUUGUGCAUGAUCAUCGUUGUUUAUGUAUUAUUUUGCAUUAUUAUGCAUUAUUUUGUUUAGACGGGAUAUCUUGCUGUAAAUUACCCGCUUAUCUUUGCGUUUAGUUUAUAUGGUAAGAACACCACAGUAUAAAUCGCAUUUCUUUUUGCGCAAAACAGCAAUACAUUUAAAAAGUAGUAAAUAUUAUUUGCUUAAAAUGUUAACAUUAUUUGUAUAUUCGUACGGUCUGUUGUUUUUUAUAUCAAGAACCGUAUCUGGCCAAAUCGAUUCUUGUUCCUGUAUUUCACCGGAUUUGGAAUUUGCAACUGGUGUUAACCUGCUAUAUUAUAAAUGUGAUAACGAACCUUCUGGAAGGAUCUCUUAUAAUAUUACAGCGCCAGAAGCUAUGUUAAACGUACUAAAUCCAGAUAAACGAACAAUCUUUUUUAUUUUUGGAUAUCUGUUAUACCCAGAUCAUCCUCUUACCCAGUAUAUAAUGAAAGCACUUUGUGAUGGACAAUCGGACAACGUUGUAUUACUUGAUUGGAGCAAAUAUUCUAAUGGUUCAUACGAAACCGUUUUCGAAAAUGCCCAAAAAGUAGGGGUAUUAUUUGCUGAAAGUAUACUAAAACUCAAGAAUGCCAAUUUGAAUGUAUCCAAAAUUUAUAUUAUUGGAUUCUCAAUAGGCGCGCAUAUAGCUGGUAUUGCCGGUAAAUGCAACAAGGACUUUAAGAUAUCUCGCAUCACAGGAUUGGAUCCAGCAAAUCGUUACAUUCCUGUAUUGUCGAUGUCUCAAUCUUUAUCUGGAUGCUAUCUUACGCCCGACGCUGCAAAAUGUGUCGAUGUUAUUCACACUGAUAUGGGUUACUAUGGCACCACUUCGUCUUCAAUGUUACCAUUGUUACCACACACAGGAACAGUCGAAUUUUACGCAAAUGGUGGUUAUCGUCCUCAACCUAAUUGCACAUUAUUUGCACAACCAUUAAGUUUUGAGGAUCUCUGCAGUCACAGAAGAUCAGUUUUUUUGUAUGCAACAUCGAAGCUUUACCCGACUAAAAUAUUGGCAUGUUAUGAUAAUUUAUUGGAUUAUAAUUGUAACAUUCCCAUUGGAUAUGCACUAAAAGACGCAUGCAGUGUAACCGGAGAUUAUUAUUUCAAGGCAGGAGUUGAGCCUGACUAUUUCUAAGUAUUUGUUAUAAUUUAAUAUAAAUAAUGUUUAUUAUAUUAUGUUUUAUUAUGAAUAUACGGAAAAUAUAUGUAUAUUAAUUACAGUCAAAAAUCUAUGUAUGGUAAUUAAAUUUUAGUAAUAAUAUAUAUAUAAAUAAUUAAAACUGAAUUUAUAAACAUUUAUAGGUAAGAGUAAAAAAUUAUAACAGACACUUUAAUAAAUGGUUACGAUACCACU